AUGCGCGGGAGCAGCUCUGAGCUCCUGCUGGAGGCGAGCUGCGUCCAGUGUCAGAGCGAUCAUCACGCCGGCCAGCACACCACCAGGCAUCAGCAGCAGCAUCAGCUGAACGAGAAACACGACUUCCAGGAGCGAGAGCUACGUCGUCGCAAGCUGUUGGAGCUCGGGUUCGGCGCUUCGCGGCGCCGACCGCCACGGCGUACCUGCCGUCAGCGGUUCAACUUUUACGCCACCUCGGCGUUGGCCUUCGUCGCGACGUCCGGCGGCGCGGCACUGCUCUUCCUGGUGCCGCUCUACGUCGAUCCGGCCAUCAGCACCCUGGCGGCCGAUUUCUCGCCGGAUCCGGUCAUCUGCACCACCUCCAGGCGAGAGGAGCUCGCUGGCCUGUUCAAUUGCACCUGGAGCUCCUGUCGAGAGGGCUGUACCAGUGACGUUUACAGGUGUACGCAUAUAUACGUCACCUAUACGCCAUGGAGCAACGCGAGCAUGAAGAACGAUACCGGGGGUAGAGGGAGUCUCGGCAACUCUACCGGCGUCGUGCAUACCUCCACUACUUCCGUGCCGACGCCAGGCGACGUGGAGGCGGUGCUCCUGGUGAACAUCAAAGGCUGUGGCUAUCCGCCGAUCGUCGACUGCGAGAACUUCACCCGCGAACUGGGCUACGAAGGCGCGAAAUUCCCCUGCCAUUACAGCCGCGUGAACGGCAGCAUAGUGAUGGCGAACUAUAACCGCGAGGCGCAGGUCACCACCAUCAUACACUUCUUCGCGGCUCCUUUCGUAGUGACUCUCGCGACCAGCGUCGCUCUGUGUGUGAUGCACUGUGACUGCAGGUGCAGUCCACCGCCACGGCAUUCGUCGCGUGGGAUGAGGAGAGGCAGGGGCAACGAUCUCAGCGAUCACUCGAUAAGCAAUCGCGUGGAUCGUCGGGGUCAUCCGACGCAUUGCGAGUGCGGGGAAGUGACCAGGCCCUUAUGACGACGCGAGGAAACGGCCGAGAGUGCCCUGGCCACGUCGCAGUCCGACUUCUAGGCCUACUCCACUCAUUUCCACGCGUCCCGCCCUCGGCCGUUUUACCCUGAAACCCUCCUCCAUCUUGCCGACUCAUCGCACCUUGUACGUAACACACCUGGUCCUUACCUUCCACUAGCAUCUCCACACACCCACACACGUAUAAUACACAUGUACAAAACGUCACGUGCAGCACCGUGCAAGCAGCGGAGCAAGCCAACAGGCUUGCAACUCUAAUCAAAAAGGACAAACCGGCACGGCCAAUCAAAAGAUUUCGAUGAAAAUCGAGCUGCCUGAUCGUCGACGAUUUUACUUACCAACGAAUUAAAAGAGGAAGGAAGAGAAGGGUGGAGAUAAUUUCGAAGAUAAUUUCAAAGCGAUCUUGUCGACGAUUUCUCGCGA